AUAUGAUAUUAUUUAAUAUCAACUGCCCUUGACCGGUAGCAGAUAAAGCAACUUCAAUAGAUCUUUGGAGACUUCUAUAAUUGGACCAAAUGAAGCUUUUUUCUUUUUUGAUAGAAAAAGCUUAUCUUACAUUCCAGUGUAAGGUUUUGAAGAAUUCAAGGACUGCAAAUGGAAGGCCUUAGCUUCUAUGUUGGAAUCGUAGGGAACAUCAUUUCUGUUCUAGUUUUCCUUUCUCCCCUAGGGACCUUUCUGAGGAUAGUGAAGAACAGAUCAACAGAAGACUUUGAGAGCCUUCCUUAUAUCUGCACUUUGCUAAACUCUGCUCUUUGGACUUACUAUGGAAUCAUCAUGCCUGGUCGUUAUCUCGUCGCCACUGUCAAUGGUUUUGGUGUUCUGGCCGAAGCCAUAUAUGUUGUUCUAUUCCUUAUAUUUGCUCCCACAAAGAUGAAGGCAAAGACAGGGAUUCUUUUUUUGACAUUGGAUGGUGGGUUUCUAGCAGCAGUGAUUUUGGGAACCCAUUUUGGAAUGCAUGGAGAUCUAAGAAAUGAUGUCUUGGGAUUCAUAUGUUCAGGUUUAAACAUAGUUAUGUAUGGUUCUCCUCUUGCAGCCAUGAAAACAGUGAUGACAACGAAGAGUGUGGAGUUCAUGCCUUUCUUUCUAUCGUUAUUUCUGUUCUUGAAUGGAGGGAUUUGGGCCUUCUAUGCUUUCCUCGUUGGAGAUUACUUCGUUGGAGUACCAAACGGGACAGGAUUUUUACUUGGAACAGCACAACUAGUGCUCUACGCGAUCUAUAGAAAUCCCAGAGCUUCCAAGAAGAACAGAUUAGAAGAGGUGGAGGAACAUCUCAUUUCCCCUUCGGAGUGGAUCGAGUAACCCUAAUCAAUUAAAGCCGAAGAGUAAAUAGAAGCAUCAAUUGAUCCGAACAAUGGAUGAUUUCAUGGAAUUGAGGUCCUUAAACACGUUUUAGUUUAUUUAAUUCGUUGGCCUAAGCUUUCCUUCACAUAAAGGGAAAAUGAAAUCUUUCUCUAUCAUGUGAUCAGAUUCUAAGAUCAUCAUUACACUAAAAAAAAGAGCAAGCAUGAGGCUUCUGUUACUGUAGGGUUUGGGCGGAUCAGCAAGUUUAUGCAGCCUAUAUUGAUGAAAUCAAAAUCAACGUUCAUGUUAUGUUUGUCUCGAAUUCUUGACCAGCUCCCAAAAAAAUUGAUGGCAAUCCGAAUGGAAUUUCUUUUGAGAAUUGUGAUGGUAGUAGAGGCCUUGGCCGAGAGGCUUGACAUGGGGGAGUUUAUGUUAAGCAAGUCGUUGUGAGAUUUGGGGUUUUUGAGAGAUCUCAUUUGUAAUUUUUUCUUCCAACAUGUGAUCAUCUCACAUUGUAAUUUGUCACGAGUUUGGGAGAGAUCUCCAUUGUAAAUUUUUCUUCCAACAUAGUGAUUCAUCAUCUUUUUCA